AUGACGACAAAUGAUGCUAUGGAACGAGAAACUCAGCCAGAGUCGACCAACAUGCCAAUCAACUGGCCAGGACAACGUCACUAUCAAUUGAAACUGAGGCAGGGGAGGGUUUACAGAGAGAGAACAUCUAUCUGUAUACUCUGGGAGAGAUCCCGCUCGGCGUUUGGCUUCGAGUUCUUGCUUCAGUUGGAUGAAGCGCCUGCAUAG